AUACUUGCAGCCAUUAAGUUUUAGUUUUAUCUUUACAUUCGUUGUCCGUAUCGACAAAUCUUUUCUUAAAUCAAAUACGUUGCAAAAUGGCAGCACAAACAGCAGCAAAGGAUCCACGAUUAAAUUCUAACUGGGGAACUAUAGUCGAACCUCCCUUUCCCCUUGGCACUCAGAAAUUGGAAGGAGGUCAAGUUCAGGAGUUGACUGAGAGACUUCAUACCACCGAAACCAAGUCGAGAGUCUCGCAUAAGAACAUCCCCGAUAUAGAGCGACCUGGAGGAGCUAAAGAAAAAGAAGAGGUUCAAGAGAUCGUGGACAGAUUGAGUAAAAUGACGAAACCGCCAGCAGAAUCCAAGAGAAUCGGAGCCAUUGAACAGUCAGGAAUUCUGAACAGUUAUGCCUGGAAAGGGUGGAAGACUUCUGAUUCGCUAAACCAACAGUGAUGAACGGUUGCGAGGAUUAGAAAUUGAGAAACCCGCAAAUGUGUGAAUAAGGGCACAAGAAAGCAAUCUGCUCGUAGAAGACAUUAUUGUUGGAAACCCUUUAGGUGAUUAAGAAAUACGAAUUUGUCGUGGAUCCUUUUGUAAACAGAUUGAUGUAACUAAUAUUCAUAUACAAAUAAAAGUCUUCCCCCAA